AGAACCUGCGCUCUGCAGUGUCCUGUGCUGCCAUGGCCACACUGGGUGACAUGUACAUCCACCUCCAGAGGGCCAUGGACAGUGAGGUGGAGGGGACGGCACGCGUGCUGCUGCACAAAGCCAGCGAGGCCAACACYUUCAUCCGGCAGGGCGCCAACUUUGCCCUGGGUCACAUGGUGCAGAGCUGCACCCCUACCCGUGUCAUGAAUGCCCUGCUGGUCGGUGGGCUGAGCCACCGUAACGCUGCGGUGAGGAGCUGCACUGCUCAGCACCUGGAGAGACUGGCUGAGGUCAUGGGGAUGGCUCGUCUCCUGUCGGGGAAGAAAGACCUCACUGACCGUUUCUUGAUUGCCGUCAGUAAACUGGCUGUGGACCCUGCACAGGAAGCCAGGCAUCAUGGUCGCAAUAUCUUGAGAAACGUGGCCACCAAUGGCGACUUUGCUAAAAUGUGGGACAAAUUCGCUCCGAGGAAAGAGCGAGAAUCCUUGAGGGAGGUCAUCUCAAAGGUUAACCUCAAAGAAAGGAAUAUCUGAAUAAUCCCCAAUUUGACUAUAUAUUUGUAUCUAAAUAUUUGCACAAUUCCCAACUUGACUAUUAUCCCCUCCAGUCCCCAAACUCCAAUAUUUUCGCUCAUUCUAAGAAAUUUGACAUUAUCAUCCAAACCCCCAUGUAAAUGCAUCUUUAAACUUCAUUGACUCCUUGUCCAAGUCCUGAAUCCACUAUAAGGCAAUAUGAACCACAUUCAAAGCACUAAAUUACCUUUCCUCGAAGCUCCUAUCUGAUCUACCAGCUCAAUAGUGGUCUACUGAAACCAUACUCACCAUCUCAGGGGGUGCUCAGAUCAUCAACMACUGACCUCCACACCAUCCUCAAAAGCAGCAGUCCUCUUUUGGAGGCAGAUUGGUCAGUGCUCCUGUAUGGCACCAACAUUGUGGAUUUUCAUCCAAUACUUCUGGACUAUGACAACAUUCUUUGGACAAUAAAAUUAGGUAAAAUGGAA